AUGGCAUUUCAUCAUAGAAAGUUUUUGUUAGGAGAUAAGAAGCCUAAGGACAAGUCACCACCAGCACCUCAACUGCCAUCGUUGCCGCCAACACCGCCGCCAACACCGUGUCCGCCCCUGGCUAGCCCAAAACGUCAUAUGUCAACAAUUUUGAUCCUCAUCAUCUGUGUUCUUGGUGCUACUUUUAUGGUUAUCUCCUAUCUUUCUAUAAGGAGGUAUCGGUCAAGGAAUUCCAGGAGGAGAAAUUCAGUACCAUUGGAGAAUAGUGCCCGAGAGGAUUUUAUCGAUGAAAAUCAAGGGCCUGUGGUGGACCAUCCUAUAUGGUAUAUACGUACGGUUGGGCUACAUCAGUCCAUAAUCGAUUCUAUAGCAGUUUUUAAGUACAAAAGUGGGGAAGGUUUGAUUGAAGGUACUGAUUGUUCUGUUUGCUUAAGUGGAUUUCAAGAAAAUGAGAGUCUUAGGUUGUUACCCAAAUGUAGCCAUGCUUUUCAUGUCCCAUGUAUCGAUACCUGGUUAAGGUCAAACAAACGUUGUCCCCUUUGUCGUGCCCCGAUUGUUAGCAAUACGAAUGCUGCUGAUCAGACGAAUGAAGUGGACACUCAUUCGAGUAAUUUGGGUUCGCAAGAGGAAGAACUAGUAUUAGAAGAACAUGAAGUAGAGACGAAUUUAACUGGUGAAACGAGAAUUGGGGCAGAAAAUAUCGGUGUUAGUCUCACUGGUGGAAAGUAUCGAGUGCUAAGUGAUUUGGCUGAUCAUCGUGCAAAAGUCGACAGGGCGUUGCAACAAACAGUUAGAAGAUCGAUUUCUAUGGAUUUUUCAUCUACUUCUACGAUCUGUAAUGCUGCUAACGUUCGUGGAAAGAAAGAAGAACAAAAUCCUUAUGCGGCUUCGAGCAUAUAUAGGCUGAUAAAGAGUCGAUCAUAUGGGCGUUCCAUUCAAAAAGUGUCGAUAUCAAUGAAGAGGUCCUUUUCGUUUAACCCGAACACUUAG